AUGGAUAUCGUUCUGGACGUUCUCGACACGCUGGUGUUGGACCGAUUGUAUGCGGCGUUGCUCCCAGCUCCGGAAGGCGUGCGUCCAGUGGCUGUCGAGUAUAACAGCCAUGUAGCUCGCUAUAUGGAGUUGCAGCCAACAAAAUGGGCGGGCAUGAGCCAACUCGCGCGAGACAGCAUAAUCCGACAAAUGUUCAGUCUAUUCUUGCUAACAUGGAUUUUCGGAGUCCUCGUGUACUUUGUCUCCUCGACCCUCUCCUUCUUCUUCGUCUUCGAUAAGAAAUUCAUGAUGCACCCCAAAUUCCUCCGGGACCAGAUCAACCUCGAAAUCAAGCAAUCGAUGCGAGCCAUGCCCGUCAUGGCGGCACUCACCGCGCCCUUCUUCGUCGCCGAACUGCGCGGGUACUCGAGACUAUACGAUUUCCCCAGCGAAGCGCCGUUCCAACUGUACACCUAUCUCCAGUUCCCCCUUUUCAUAGCCUUCACGGAUUUUUGCAUCUACUGGAUCCACCGCGCCCUCCACCACCCCCUGAUUUACAAGUGGCUGCAUAAAUCGCACCACAAGUGGAUCGUGCCGACGCCGUAUGCCAGCUUUGCGUUUAACCCAGUGGACGGAUGGAGCCAGAGUGUUCCGUAUCACGUCUUCCCGUUUGUGUUCCCGCUGCAGAAAACGGCAUACCUGAUGCUCUUUGCUUUUGUGACCGUGUGGACGGUGAUCAUCCACGACGGCGAAUACGCUACGAGUUCGCCUGUGAUCAACGGUUCCGCUUGCCAUACCUACCACCAUCUGUACUUCAACUAUAACUACGGGCAGUUCACGACGCUGUGGGAUCGUCUCGGUGGAAGCUACAGACAGCCGGACGCAGAGCUGUUCGAUCGCGAGAUUAAGAUGGGGAAGAGUCAGUGGGAAAAGCAAGUGAAGGAGAUGGAGAAGAUCGUGAGGGAGGUUGAGGGAGAGGAUGACCGGGAGUAUGGAGAGGUGUCGAAGAAGAUGCAGUGA